UCUUCUCACCAUUGGACGACAGUUAUUCAUGUGACGAACUACUUGUCGUCAAUAGAGAUUGUCUUGUCCGGUUCUCUCCAUAAUGCAUAAACUGCAUAUCCACAAUCAAAAUCGCUUUGUCACGCCAAUCAAUCAUUCAAAGCGAUAUUCGUUUAGGGUUUGCAAAGGAACUCAGAAAUCGGACCGAUGGGAGGCCACCGCGCAAUAGAGGCGGCGAAGACGGUUAUCGAGGUAGCCGACGUCGCUUGGAAGGCCAUGGAAUUUACUCAUAACCAUCACCAUAAUCAAACCCACGAAAAUCACGAUAAUAUCACACAUGCGUCAAUAGACGAAGAAUUGGAGUCCUUGAGAUCCGAGAAUCGUUGUCUAAAAUUGCAGCUCGAGCAAAAUUUGAAACUUCUUCAAAAUUUAUCUGAAUCUCCUUGCUUGUUAAACGAUUGCCCUCCUGAUCUACAUGCCCGCCUAGUUGCUACUGUGGAUUCUGAAGACUUCUUGGCUCGACUUAAAUCCCUUCAACUGGCUUCAGCCAACAUAAGUGGCAUUGAAUUCCCUUUCAAGGAGGCUACAGGAGAUGAUAUGCAUUCUGCUGAAAUGCUAAUUAAUGUUUCUAACGAGGAACCUAGUUGGUGGGUUUGGGUCACAGAAGAAAUGGCUCCCAACAAUAUUGAAGAACGGAGUAGAAUUGACAAUGAAAACUAUGUAGUUGUUACUGAGGAACAUGUGGUGGAUGCAGUUGCCAAUUUUAUGGCUAAAUGCAUUCUAUCAAAUCCUAAGGCUCAGAAAAUGACUCCAGAGGAGCUGCAGAAGUCCCUGGAAAAAGCAUUGGAAGGUGUGAGCAAAUGGGAGAAGAUAUUAAAUAUUUGGCAUGCAGGACAGCUAUUUUACACUCUGGCUACCUGGGGACUUGCCCUGUGGGGGCUGUAUCGGACUCGAUCUAUUCUGAAACUUGCUGCAAAGGGCGUUCACAAAACCAGCAAAGUCGUUCUAAAGGCACUUUGAAGAAGGCCACGUCACUGGAACAAACAAAAUGAAUUGUAAAUUUGUAAUUUUACUUUGUGAAAUCUAUGGGGCUUUCCGGUGUUUCAUCCUGUGUGCAAAUCAAAACCAUUUUAUUCCUACACUUCCUAUUGACAGUUUCUAUCAAUGUAAAUAUGACAAGCUUUCAAUUAAUAAUUGAAUUGUUUUGUUUGUGUAGCGUGCA